UCCCGUGUUUGAUAAUUUCCCGCCGUAAUUUCAUUUAGCUAUUUUUUUUGUAUAUUCAUUUUUUAGUGUAUGAUUAGAAUCAUUGUUUCGAGUUUUUUUUUUUUCUGACAAAGUUCAAACUACUGAGUUUGAUACCUCAUUUGUGGUUUAAGCCUACAAUUAUUCACUUUCCAACACAUCAAUGUAAGAUGGAAUAUGUAUGAUGAUUUUUGUUAUUAUUAACCUAUACGUUGAACAAGAUACAUAUAAUUUUGGGUUAGCCUUUCUUGAAGGAGUUUAAUGAUGUAAAGCACACGUGCAUAGCAAAAAUAAAAUUUUUCUUUGUUAACUUUCAUUAAAAAAAUUUGGCCACCCAAAUUUAAAAUCGUGGCUUCGCCACUGGCCAUAGGUCAACCUUCUUUCUUCUAUUGAGAUUUAGGAAAAGCAGCAAAUGACUGGUGACUGGAAGGCAGUUGGUGUUUAAUCUAUUAGUGAAGCCUGGAGUAGGAAGAAUGUAUAAUCCUUGUUGGAGAUAUAGUUGUAGUAAUCAUCCUAAAAGUUGGGAAGUCCUUAAUAAAACAAAAAGAUAAAUGGAACCAUAACCAUAUAGAUGGAUCCUAUAUCGUUUUAGAUCGCAGUUGCAUCUUAGUGCUCGUGUUCAACCUCCCUGUGAAGUUGCUCCUCUGAAUGUCUGGUCGAUGUCAAAGUUACUUUCUCAAUGCAGUAUUUAAGUAGCUUAGAGUGCUUUCUUUCAUGAUAUUCCAGCUCACAUGCCUAUUCUUACAGCGCUUUCAGUAAAUGGAGACUUUUUAGAUUUACUGUCUCACUUCCUAUUUUUUGCACGACAAAGCCCUAGAGUCUUAGAAGUUCAGAGGUAGAGUGAGUGCAUCACGGGUGUGAUGCAUGAACGACUAGGCAGGCAGAUGAUGCCUGCUGGUUGGUAGUGAGAGUUGGAUCUAUAUCCCGUUCAAUGGAUUGAGCUAUUUCUUAUAUGUUUCUCCCUGCGGGAAGCAUUAGCACCUCAGCUCAAUACGCAUAGAAGUACAGUAUACCUCUAUUUAGCUCUACUGGCUUUCUUAUACCUAUACCUGGAACCCGAGCCCGCUAGGAAGCCUUUCGCUCUUUUAGAUCAGCAAUCUCAGAUCUUCACUUCCUAUGCCCUGAAACAGACUUUUCAACUCCCCUCUGAAAGCCUUUCUUAGCUUUAUGGCUGAUAGCAUGACCUUGGUCUUCUUGGUCCCUUGUAUCAGAGGAAGGUGAAGAAUUAGUUUGCGAUUUGAAUUACACUUGCUAACUGCUUCUAAGUUGGAAAUAAAUUGGCUUUGUUAAGUGGAUACAAACCAUACUUGCAAGGUAGAUGUCUUACAAUUGGCUGCCUUGUGUGGAAAUUUCUCAUUGUGUUUGCAAAUCUAACUGUUUCUUUGUUCUAAAUAAGUAGGACAUUAGCAGACAUCUUUCAGCAGUUGCAUCGUAAAUUUGUGCAUGGGUGUCUUUGUUUCGCUUCUUAAGAAUAUCAUCUGAUGUUUUCAGCUGAUUAGUUAAUGAUGCUACUUUGAUGUCACAGGACUGCCGGCGGAGACAUCAAUUGAUAGAUAUGUAACUGUGGGGGCAUACUGUCUCUUGAGAUCAUGUACGAUUGAGCCAGAAUGCAUCAUUGGGCAGCAUUCUAUCCUCAUGGAAGGCUCUUUGGUGGAGACUCACUCCAUUCUUGAGGCGGGCUCGGUUGUUCCCCCAGGGAGGAGAAUUCCGACCGGGGAACUUUGGGCUGGAAAUCCGGCAAGGUUUGUCCGGACUUUGACUCACGAAGAGACGCUGGAAAUUCCUAAGCUCGCUGUGGCAAUCAACGAUCUAAGCAAUAGCUAUUUCUCAGAGUUUCUGCCCUACUCCACUGUUUACUUAGACGUCGAGAAGCUGAAGAAGAAGUUGGGGAUCUCUAUCUGAAGAUUGAUUCACUCUGGCUUGCCAUGCUCUCCUUUUUUGUUUCCCAGUUAGCUCGGGUUUAUCUUUGCUUGGAAAUAAAGAGCUCUUGAACGCAACUGGUGGCUCUUGAUUUGUAUUCCUUCUUUUUUUUCGUCCCAAAGGUUUGUAGGUUUUAACUUUUCACCAAUGGAUUGGGAGGACAUCUGAAUAUAUGUGCUUUAUCAUUUAAGAAGACGCAACUGUAAUAAAUCAUUUAGUCCCAGUCUGUCAAAUCGAUUUGUGCCAGUGUGCCGAUUUAGCAAGUGGAAUAGUUCGACCGGUGGUACAUACCGGUUUGUGCCGGUUCAUGCCGGUUAAUAUUACAAAUACUCAUAUUUAAGCACGACAUUUAACGUCAAUACCUAAAUAUUUGUACUUGAAUCCAACAAAUAACAUCAACAUUUAACUUUUUAACACAUAAAAUAAAUAAUAAAUUACUUUUUAUCAA